AUGCUGACCGAUGGCGGAGGCGGCGGCACCUCCUUUGAGGAGGACCUGGACUCGGUGGCUCCGCGAUCCGCCCCAGCCGGGGCCUCGGAGCCGCCUCCGCCGGGAGGGGUCGGGCUGGGGAUUCGCACCGUGAGACUCUUUGGGGAGGCCGGGCCCGCGCCUGGAGUCGGUGGCGGCGGCAGCGGUGCGGCCGGAGGGGACGCGGCGCUGGAUUUCAAGUUGGCGGCGGCGGUGCUGAGGACCGGGGGUGGAGGUGGUGCCUCUGGCAGCGACGAGGACGAGGUGUCCGAGGUUGAAUCGUUUAUUUUGGACCAAGAAGAUCUGGAUAACCCAGUACUUAAAACAACAUCAGAGAUAUUCUUAUCAAGUACUGCAGAAGGAGCAGACUUACGCACUGUGGAUCCAGAGACACAGGCACGAUUAGAAGCAUUGCUGGAAGCAGCAGGAAUUGGCAAAUUGUCAACUGCUGAUGGUAAAGCUUUUGCAGACCCUGAGGUACUCCGGAGACUGACAUCCUCAGUAAGUUGUGCACUAGAUGAAGCUGCUGCUGCACUGACCCGAAUGAGAGCAGAAAACAGCCACAAUGCAGGACAAGUAGACACUCGUAGUCUGGCAGAAGCUUGUUCAGAUGGGGAUGUGAAUGCUGUUCGUAAAUUGCUAGAUGAAGGCAGAAGUGUAAAUGAACAUACAGAAGAAGGAGAAAGUCUGCUGUGUUUGGCUUGUUCAGCAGGGUAUUAUGAAUUAGCACAAGUAUUGCUUGCUAUGCAUGCUAAUGUUGAAGAUCGAGGGAAUAAAGGAGAUAUAACUCCCCUGAUGGCAGCAUCCAGUGGAGGUUACUUAGAUAUCGUGAAAUUAUUACUUCUUCAUGAUGCAGAUGUCAACUCCCAGUCAGCAACAGGAAAUACUGCACUAACUUAUGCCUGUGCUGGAGGAUUUGUUGACAUUGUGAAAGUGCUACUUAAUGAAGGUGCAAAUAUAGAAGAUCAUAAUGAAAAUGGACAUACCCCCUUGAUGGAAGCAGCCAGUGCAGGUCAUGUGGAAGUUGCAAGAGUUCUUCUGGAUCAUGGGGCAGGCAUCAACACUCAUUCAAAUGAAUUCAAAGAAAGUGCUCUUACCCUUGCAUGCUACAAAGGCCAUCUGGAUAUGGUUCGCUUUCUACUUGACGCUGGUGCAGAUCAAGAGCACAAAACAGAUGAGAUGCACACUGCCUUAAUGGAGGCUUGCAUGGAUGGACAUGUUGAGGUAGCACGUUUGCUUUUGGAUAGUGGUGCUCAAGUGAACAUGCCUGCAGAUUCAUUCGAGUCUCCGUUGACGCUAGCUGCCUGUGGAGGACACGUUGAAUUGGCAGCUCUACUUAUUGAAAGGGGAGCAAAUCUUGAAGAGGUUAAUGAUGAAGGAUACACUCCCUUGAUGGAAGCUGCUCGGGAAGGACACGAAGAGAUGGUGGCACUACUCUUAGCACAAGGAGCAAAUAUAAAUGCCCAGACGGAAGAAACCCAAGAAACUGCUCUGACUUUGGCUUGCUGUGGAGGAUUUUCUGAAGUUGCAGACUUCUUGAUUAAGGCCGGGGCUGAUAUAGAACUUGGCUGCUCCACACCUCUAAUGGAAGCUUCACAGGAGGGACACCUUGAGUUGGUUAAAUAUUUACUGGCUGCCGGUGCUAAUGUUCAUGCUACAACAGCAACAGGAGACACAGCCUUAACCUAUGCUUGUGAAAAUGGACAUACGGAUGUUGCAGAUGUUUUACUUCAAGCAGGCGCUGACUUAGAACAUGAAUCUGAAGGUGGAAGAACACCUUUGAUGAAAGCUGCAAGAGCUGGUCAUUUGUGCACUGUGCAGUUUCUUAUUAGCAAAGGUGCCAAUGUGAAUAGGGCUACAGCCAAUAAUGACCAUACGGUAGUGUCACUGGCUUGUGCAGGAGGUCAUCUGGCAGUUGUUGAGCUACUGUUGGCUCAUGGAGCUGACCCUACUCAUCGACUCAAGGAUGGCUCUACAAUGCUCAUUGAAGCUGCAAAAGGUGGCCAUACAAAUGUUGUUUCUUAUCUGUUGGAUUAUCCGAACAAUGUUCUGUCAGUUCCUACUACAGAUGUGUCUCAGCUCACCUCACCUUCUCAAGAUCAAUCUCAGGUUCCACGUGUACCAAUGCAUACACUUGCCAUGGUUGUACCUCCCCAGGAACCUGAUAGAACGUCACAGGAGAACUCUCCUGCCCUUUUAGGAGUACAAAAAGGUACAUCCAAGCAGAAGUCCAGUUCCCUGCAGGUAGCAGAUCAGGACGUACUGCCACCUUUUCACCCAUACCAGCCUUUGGAGUGCAUAGUAGAGGAGACUGAAGGCAAGCUGAAUGAACUGGGACAAAGAAUUAGUGCUAUUGAAAAAGCACAGCUUAAGUCACUGGAGUUAAUUCAAGGUGAACCUCUGAACAAAGAUAAGAUAGAAGAACUUAAAAAGAACAGAGAAGAGCAAGUCCAGAAGAAGAAGAAAAUACUGAAGGAACUGCAGAAAGUGGAAAGGCAGUUGCAGAUGAAAACACAGCAGCAAUUUACCAAAGAAUACUUGGAAACCAAAGGUCAGAAAGACACAGUAUCUCCACAGCAGCAGUGCUCUCAUAGCGGAGUCUUCCCAGAAGGGGAAGGAGAUGGUAGUCUCCCAGAGGAUCACUUUGCAGAGUUACCUCAGGUUGACACACUCUUAUUUAAAGAUAACGAUGUUGAUGAUGAGCACCAGUCUCCACCAUCGGCAGCACAAAUUGAUUUUGUCCCAGUCCAGCCUUUAUCAUCUCCACAGUGUAACUUUUCCGGUGACUUAGGUUCUAAUGGGACAAGUUCUCUUGAACUUCAGAAAGUAUCAGGUAAUCAUCAGCUUAUAGGACAGCCUCAGAUUGCUAUUACUGGACAUGAUCAGGGGCUGUUAGUUCAAGAACCAGAUGGACUAAUGGUUGCAACUCCAGCCCAGACGCUUACCGACACUCUUGAUGACCUGAUAGCAGCUGUGAGUAGCAGAGUGCCCACUGGUUCAAACAGUUCCUCUCAGACCACAGAAUGUCUUACACCUGAACCCUGUUCACAGUCUCCAAGCAAUGUGGCUUCCCAGUCUAUGCCCCCUGUGUAUCCUUCAGUUGACAUUGAUGCACAUACUGAGAGCAAUCAUGACACAGCAUUGACAUUAGCUUGUGCAGGUGGCCACGAAGAACUUGUGUCUGUACUCAUUGCACGAGAUGCUAAAAUUGAGCACAGAGACAAAAAAGGUUUCACACCACUGAUUCUGGCAGCAACAGCAGGGCAUGUUGGAGUUGUUGAAAUCCUUUUGGAUAAAGGUGGCGAUAUAGAAGCACAAUCUGAACGAACUAAGGAUACUCCACUUUCAUUAGCAUGUUCUGGUGGACGUCAGGAGGUGGUAGACUUGCUGCUGGCUCGAGGUGCAAAUAAAGAACACAGGAACGUGUCUGAUUAUACACCAUUGAGUCUAGCUGCAUCUGGAGGAUAUGUUAAUAUCAUUAAGAUUCUACUUAAUGCUGGGGCGGAGAUUAAUUCAAGGACUGGGAGUAAACUGGGUAUUUCUCCCCUGAUGUUGGCUGCCAUGAAUGGACAUGUUCCUGCAGUGAAACUGCUGCUUGAUAUGGGUUCAGACAUUAAUGCCCAAAUAGAGACCAAUCGGAACACGGCUCUUACUUUGGCCUGUUUUCAAGGCCGGGCAGAAGUCGUGAGUUUGCUUCUGGACCGAAAAGCCAAUGUUGAACAUAGGGCAAAGACUGGUCUUACCCCCUUGAUGGAAGCUGCUUCUGGAGGAUAUGCAGAGGUUGGAAGAGUUCUCCUUGAUAAAGGAGCAGAUGUCAAUGCCCCCCCUGUGCCUUCCUCAAGAGAUACUGCUCUCACAAUAGCAGCAGACAAAGGUCACUACAAAUUUUGUGAGCUCCUGAUUAAUAGGGGAGCCCAUAUUGAUGUUCGAAACAAGAAGGGAAACACACCACUUUGGCUGGCCUCCAAUGGUGGUCACUUUGAUGUGGUGCAAUUGCUAGUGCAAGCAGGUGCCGAUGUGGAUGCAGCAGAUAACCGGAAGAUCACACCUCUUAUGUCAGCGUUUCGCAAGGGUCAUGUGAAAGUUGUUCAGUAUUUGGUGAAGGAAGUCAAUCAGUUCCCUUCUGAUAUUGAAUGCAUGCGAUACAUAGCAACAAUUACAGAUAAGGAACUCUUAAAAAAAUGUCACCAGUGUGUUGAGACAAUUGUGAAGGCUAAAGACCAACAGGCUGCAGAAGCAAAUAAGAAUGCAAGUAUUCUUUUGAAAGAGCUUGAUCUGGAAAAGUCAAGAGAGGAGAGCAGAAAGCAGGCUCUUGCAGCUAAAAGAGAAAAAAGGAAAGAAAAGAGAAAAAAGAAAAAAGAGGAGCAGAAAAGGAAACAGGAAGAAGAUGAGGAAAACAAACCUAAGGAGAAUUCAGAACUACCAGAGGAUGAAGAUGAAGAGGAGAAUGAUGAAGAUGUGGAGCAAGAAGUUCCCAUAGACCCUCCUAGUGCAACCACCACCACCACCAUUGGAAUCUCUGCAACAUCUGCAACAUUUACAAACGUGUUUGGGAAAAAAAGGGCCAAUGUGGUGACGACCCCCAGCACCAAUCGGAAAAAUAAGAAGAACAAAACGAAGGAGACCCCUCCCACUGCACAUUUAAUAUUACCAGAACAACACAUACCCUUGGCACAGCAGAAAGCUGAUAAAAAUAAAAUAAACGGAGAACCCAGAGGUGGUGGUACAGGUGGGAAUAGUGACUCCGACAACUUGGACAGCACAGACUGCAACAGUGAGAGUAGCAGCGGCGGUAAAAGCCAAGAGUUCAAUUUCACCAUGGAUGUGAAUUCCUCCAGUGAUAGGAGAUACCCAUCACUUCUUCUCCAUUCCCAAGAAGAAAAGACAAGUAAUGCCACUUCCAAAACUCAAACACGACUUGAAAGUGAAACAAAUACUAAUUCCUUAUCAACAAGCUAUAAGUCAGUGCCAUUGCCAUUAAGUUCUCCUAACAUAAAGCUGAAUCUGACUAGCCCCAAAAGGGGACAGAAAAGAGAAGAAGGGUGGAAAGAAGUUGUACGAAGGUCAAAGAAAUUGUCUGUUCCAGCUUCCGUGGUUUCCAGGAUAAUGGGAAGAGGAGGAUGCAACAUCACUGCAAUACAAGAUGUUACUGGAGCCCAUAUUGAUGUGGAUAAACAAAAAGAUAAGAAUGGCGAGAGAAUGAUCACAAUAAGGGGUGGUACGGAAUCAACAAGGUAUGCGGUUCAGCUUAUCAAUGCACUUAUUCAAGAUCCUGCUAAGGAACUGGAAGACUUGAUUCCUAAAAAUCAUAUCAGAACACCUGCCAGCACCAAGUCCAUCCAUGCAAACUUCUCAUCUGGAGUAGGCACCACAUCAGCUUCCAGUAAAAACGCAUUUCCUUUGGGUGCUCCAGCUCUUGUUACGUCACAGGCGACAACAUUAUCUACUUUCCAGCCCACUAAUAAACUUAACAAGAACGUUCCAACAAACGUACGUUCUUCUUUCCCAGUUUCUCUACCCUUGGCUUAUCCCCACCCUCAUUUUGCCCUGCUGGCUGCUCAGACUAUGCAACAGAUUCGGCAUCCUCGCUUACCCAUGGCCCAAUUUGGAGGAACCUUUUCACCCUCUCCCAACACUUGGGGACCAUUCCCAGUGAGACCUGUGAAUCCUGGCAACACAAACAGCUCUCCAAAGCAUAAUAAUUCAGGCCGUCUACCGAACCAGAACGGGACUGUCUUACCCUCAGAGUCUGCGGGGCUAGCUACUGCCAGUUGUCCUAUCACUGUCUCUUCCGUAGUUGCUGCCAGCCAGCAGCUGUGUGUGACUAAUACCCGGACUCCUUCAUCGGUCAGAAAGCAGUUGUUUGCCUGUGUGCCUAAAACGAGCCCUCCGGCAACAGUGAUCUCUUCUGUGACGAGCACUUGUAGUUCCCUGCCUUCUGUUUCCUCUGCACCUAUCCCCAGCGGGCAGGUUCCCACCACCUUUCUGCCUGCAAGUACUCCUCAAACACAGCUUUCUUCACAAAAGAUGGAGUCUUUCCCUGCCAUGCCACCCCCCAAAGAGAAAGCGUCCACACAGGAGCAGCCCAUGGCCAACCUGUGCACCCCAUCUUCAACUGCAAAUAGUUGCAGUAGCUCUGCCAGCAACACCCCAGGAGCUCCAGAAACUCACCCAUCCAGUAGCCCCGCUCCUCCCUCCACUAACACACAGGAGGAGGCACAGCCACCCAGUGGAUCUGACUUAAGUCCUAUGUCCAUGCCUUUCGCAUCCAACUCAGAACCUGCUCCAUUGACUUUGGCAUCACCCAGAUUGGUUGCUGCUGAUAAUCAGGACACCAAUAACUUACCUCAGUUAGCUGUACCAGCACCUCGAGUUUCUCAUCGAAUGCAGCCCAGAGGUUCUUUUUACUCAGUGGUACCAAAUGCAACUAUACACCAGGAUCCCCAGUCUAUUUUUGUUACAAAUCCAGUUCCUUUGACACCACCUCAAGGCCCACCGGCUGCAGUGCAGCUUUCUUCAGCCAUGAACAUUAUGAAUGGCUCUCAGAUGCACAUUAACCCAGCAAAUAAAUCUUUGCCACCUACAUUCGGCCCGGCCACACUUUUCAAUCAUUUCAGUAGUCUUUUUGAUAGCAGUCAGGUGCCUGCUAACCAGGGUUGGGGAGAUGGUCCGCUGUCCUCACGAGUUGCUGCAGAUGCCUCUUUCACUGUUCAGUCAGCAUUCCUGGGUAACUCUGUACUUGGACACUUGGAAAACGUGCACCCUGACAACUCCAAGGCACCUGGCUUCAGACCACCUUCCCAGCGAGUUUCUACUAGUCCAGUUGGCUUACCAUCCAUUGACCCAUCCGGCAGCUCCCCAUCUUCCUCUUCUGCUCCCCUGACGAGUUUUUCCGGCAUACCAGGAACUCGGGUUUUCCUGCAAGGGCCUGCUCCUGUUGGGACUCCAAGUUUCAACAGACAACAUUUUUCUCCCCAUCCUUGGACAAGCGCCUCAAACUCAUCCACCUCUGCCCCACCUACAUUGGGCCAACCAAAAGGAGGCAGUGCCAGUCAAGAUCGAAAGAUACCACCCCCCAUUGGAACAGAGAGACUAGCCCGGAUUCGGCAAGGAGGGUCUGUCGCACAAGCCCCUGUGGGGACCAGUUUUGUCGCUCCUGUUGGACACAGUGGAAUCUGGUCAUUUGGUGUCAACGCUAUGUCAGAAGGCUUAUCAGGUUGGUCACAGUCUGUGAUAGGAAACCAUCCAAUGCAUCAACAGUUGUCAGACCCAAGCACAUUCUCCCAGCAUCAACCAAUGGAGAGAGAUGAUUCUGGAAUGGUAGCCCCCUCUAACAUUUUUCAUCAACCUAUGGCAAGCAGUUUUCUGGAUUUUUCUAAAGGUCUGCCAAUUUCCAUGUAUGGAGGCACCAUAAUACCCUCUCAUCCUCAGCUUGCUGAUGUUCCCGGAGGACCCUUGUUUAAUGGACUUCACAACCCAGAUCCUGCUUGGAACCCUAUGAUAAAAGUUAUUCAAAAUUCAACUGAAUGCACUGAUGCCCAGCAGAUUUGGCCUGGCACGUGGGCUCCUCAUAUUGGAAACAUGCAUCUCAAAUAUGUCAACUAA